CUCAGCGUGUAUCGUUUGUUAUCAAAGAAUUUUAGUAGAAGAAAUGUAAAAAUACUUUAAUUUAUUAAUCCAAAAUUCCUGUUAAAACAAUAAUUAAUUAACAAUUACCAAUUUUUAAAAAAAAUGUCAGAAGAAGCUAUAUUCGAAUAUCUGCAUUCGGAAAUAGUCAACUAUACUUUAGGAAAGGAAAACGGCAAGGAAAACGAUCUCUCCGCGCUAGAGUACAUCGGUUACACGACCGGCUAUCGAAUCAUCGAGCGGUUGACCCGCGAGUGGCCCCGGUUCAAGGACGAACUGGACACGAUGAAGUUCAUCUGCACGGACUUCUGGAGCUCGAUCUACCGGAAGCAGAUCGACAAUCUGCGCACCAACCAUCAGGGCGUGUAUGUGCUGCAAGAUAAUGCAUUCCGUUUUCUGACACGAUUGUCGUCCGGGGCUCAGUACCUGGAACACGCCCCUAAGUACGUAGCUUUCACCUGUGGAUUGGUACGGGGCAGUUUGGCAAACCUGGGAAUCACAAGUACGGUCACGGCAGAAAUUCAAACCAUGCCUUCGUGUAAGUUUCACAUUCAAGUUAACCGGGGAUAAAGUGUCGCAAAUACAUAUUAACUUUUUCGUCUGGGACCUUCA